AUGUACCGAAUUUUAUUUAUUCCCUAGAGUUUAAUGUGGAUAAUAAAUAUUCAAUAUCAUUUAACUAUAUUGGUUACAAGGUACCUAAAGAUACCAAAUCUUCAAUCACACAAAACUAUUAAAUUGAAAUGUGAAAUUUUAAAUAGGACCCUAAAGUCAUUCUUACGUUUAAACUCAAGAAACUUAGCUACGGGAUUUUAUGAAACAUGAGUCUAUUAUGUGCGGUUUCAGAAGAAGCCAACAAAAUUAAUAGUGAUAAUGUAAAGAAAUAUCAACAUGAACUUUUACCGAAACUGAAGGAUUUGACUGAGCGAGUACAACUUUUAUCGUGGGCUCUCCAACAGAAUGUGAUAGAUACAUACAUUAAUUACACUGUAACGAAGAGUCUAGAACAAUUGAAUUUUAAAAGUCGUAAAUUGAAAAUUGAUAAUGACUAUAAUACACUAGAAGAAGAAUUAAGAACUUUCACUGAAGAUUUUAAUGAUAACGAUGGAAUUAUGAAGAACGCGGAAGCAUUGCACAAAUCCUACCAUAUUUUAAAGGAUUUAUGUGUUUUAGGGGAAGCUAAAAGUGUUAUAAAUCGAGCAAAUCAUGAAUUUAACAGAUAUAACUAUUCUGAAGCAAUGUUGUCUUUAAAAAACUUAAAAGGUCAGUUAGAUAAUGUUAAAGCAGAUGGGAAUGUUGCUAAAGUAGUUCUUAACUUAUAUGAUCAUGUUGAGAAUCAACUAGCACUUUUUACCGCGCAUUUAAGCAUUGAAUGGGAAGACGUUUUCACUUGGAGCGAGAAAAAAGGUUUAAAUUUCUUAAUUUACUCAUUAUCAGUGCAACAAAGUGAUCAGGUGCUGUUACAGAGGAUAUUAAAUACAUUGUAUGUUACUGACAGAAUGAAGGCUGAGCUCUGGUCUUUCUCUGAUUUCUUCAUAAAUAAACUAGUACAUAAUGUUAUAAGACAUAAUUGUGAUAUAUUUACUGAAGAUCACAUUGGUGCUAUAGUCUUCAACAUAAAGAUUGAUUUAAGUGACAACACUAAGCCAAAUUAUCAAACCAUAUUUAACAACUUAACUGCCAUAUUUGAAUUUCUGCAAUCAACAUUAGGUUCUCAGUUUCAAAGCGAUGAGACAUUCACUCAGAUAUUUGCAAAGUCAAUAAAAAGUGAUUUCUUUGAUAAAAUUAUAGAAGACUGUGUAAGAAGUAAUUUCCAGUCUUAUGAUGGCAGCUAUCAAAGUUACAAAAACAUUGUCAUAGAACUUGAUUCGUUCAAUAAAUUUUUGAUUGAAAUUAAAUUUGUCGAUCCCGAUGAUUCACCUCUGAACAGCUAUAUAGAGAACACGGAAUGUUUACUUUACAACAAGAAAUGUGAAAAGUUAUUGAUCAACGUUAGAAGUUUAAUUUCCCAGAGUUUAUCAUAUGAUUCAAUUGAAGUAGGCUCCACAUUAAAUGACAAUAAGACAGAUCAAUCUAAUAAUGAAAUACCAUGGGAUCUAAAUGCACCAGUAUACUUACCAAAAUGUAUGAUUUCACGAAAUGUUAAAACAAUAAUGACACUGAUAAAGGAUCAUUUGGAAGAAAGCUCAAAACUUCCAGAAAAGUACAGUAUGAAGUUUGUGUCUUAUAUUAAAGAUAUUGCAGUAAUGUAUCAAUGUGUUGUACCAAGAAAAUUCAAAAUUAACUUGGAAAGCUGCCCAUCUGAUAUUGGUAUGAAUGACAAUUAUCCUCUUAUCAAAGUGUUAAUUCACAGAAUUUUGCUCACAUCUAUGGUUAAUUUUUUUACAGCACUAUUCUUUAAUAACUGCUACUAUCUGGCACAUGGGCUUGUUGGCCCACCAUGGUGUACGACUCUCCCACAGGACUUAGCUGAUCGUCUUGUACUGGUACUCUUUGAAUGCAUCCAAGAUCUUAGAGUUUUGGGAUUGGAGAAGCUAUCACUGUACUUACAACAACAGAAAACUGUUAUUCAAGAGGGCAUUCAGCCUAAAGAAUCAACAUCUUGGACCCAUGAAGAGUUUGAGCACUUUGACUGUGGUAUCAAUCGAGCUAUGACCCUAAUGAAAGAACUAAAGACCUCAUGGCUCCACAUACUGCCGUCACGGAUGUACAUUAUGUCUAUGUGUACCCUUAUUGAGGUUUUAUGUGAAACUGUAUUAAACCGUAUUUUCUGCGACAUCAAGCAUGUCAGUGAAGAUUUGGUAUACUUGAUUGCCACUAGAAUUGAAGAUACUUUAGAGGAAGUUGUCACAUUGUUUGAGGAACCAAUCGAAUUAGAAGAACAAAUAUCUAUUUGGGUAAAGUUUUCAAGAAUGCCCUUGUUACUGAAGGCCCAGCUUCUAGAAAUUUCCGAACUAUGGAACAAGGAUCGUGAAUUAUUCAGCGAUUACACUUGCGAGGAAUUCAGACAUGUCACGGCACUCGUUAUCACUGUCAUAGUGAUCGUCGUCCAUCAAGGAAAUGGCGUGGCGGCAUACGACGAUGGCAGAAUCGAUCAAAUAGCGGAAGAGGCGAAAAACAGAGCAGUUACAAUCAUUGACGGUCCAAAGUACGUAGAACCGCCGAGGUCUGUUGAUGUACCCCUGAACACAAGCAAUCCUGCUCCAAAUACGAAUAACAACAAUUCAAACGUAAAUGUCCAACAUCCGAACACCACAAAGCCAGAACAACGCCCGCCGAGCAAACCACCCAUCACACCAGACAAACCGGGAAAACAAAUAUACUUCCCCAAAAUGCCGCGACCAACAUAUUACGCACACAUACAAAAGAUACCGCAGCCUCGUCACCAUCACCAGCCGCCUUUCAAAUACUAUCACUCACCAAACUCUAUAUACAAGUUUCCUAGAGUGAUACCGCUGCCGCCGCAUCUAAGAAACCAUUACUAUUUGAAGUCGCAACCGCUCAUGUUCGCCGCAUCUACUGGGAAACCUUCAAUAGUGAAGAGCCCGAAAUUCAGUUUACCGGUUCAAACUAUUAACGGUAUUCGAACAGAGUUCGUCAGACCACCAAAAAUUUGGAACAUAACAUCAACGACGACGACAACAACCACCACCACAGAGGCCACGACAACAACCAAAGCUCUGAGAACGAAACGUAUUUGGCCUAAACGAACUUUAGAACUAGAAAACUCGACACUUUCCAAUGUACUCGAUAACUCAUCAUUAAGCAACUCUUCCAAUGAAGACUACCUCGAAACAUCGGCCACAUUUCGCCGAUUUAGAUACGCAUACAAAAACGCGACGACCACGUCUACAACUCAAUCUCCAACGCUUCGGAGCUACCGGCCAGUAACACGAAUUCCUAAAAUCAAAUCAACGACCCCCACUAUUAAUUUCACAGCUAUCGGGCCAAACGACUGGGUACCUAUAGUACCUUCUCAUUUUCCUAAAUUAAGAACACUACUAGCGCCGAUACCGACGCCAAUAAACAAACGUUCGGAUUUCAUUACGAACUCGGAAACGCCUCCAGAAAAACAAAUGAUGUACCUGCAAAGUUUUGGUUUGGUCCCCGUAUCGAAGAACUCCGAGCCAGCCAUGACCAGAAAAAAGAUGGUUUUCUUUAAAAGGAAACGACAAUUGAACCCGUAUUAUUCUGGUUACAGCCCGAGGCCGGGGAAGCCGCUGAAAGGGGUGAUAUACGGGGACCAAGAGACCGACGAGAGCCACAGCCAUCCCAGAGUUGUCACUAAAAUAAAACAUCAUCAUCAUCACCAUCACCACAGAUACAUUAAAACCGUCGAGAAACCAGUGAAAGUUCCAUAUAAGGUGGAAAUACCGAAACCCUAUCCUGUGACGGUUGAGAAAAAGGUCCCAUAUCCAGUGGAGAAAAUAAAAUUCGUCGACAAGCCAGUACCGUAUCCCGUUACCGUAGAAAAAAGGAUUCCCUACCCUAUCGGUAUAAAAGUUCCUCAUCCGGUCCCGGUGAAGGUUGUCGAAAAGGAAUACGUCCCAAAGCCUUACCCGAUUGUUCACCACGUUCCUGUUGUGAAACAUGUGCAAGUGAAGGUUCCGCAUCCGGUGCCUGUGCCCGUGGAAAAAAAGGUUCCGUACCCUGUUGAAGUCAAAGUGCCGGUAGACAGACCCGUACCGAUUCGUGUGACGGUCGAGAAAAAAGUACCGUACCCAGUUCCAGUCAAAGUUUUAGUCCCGCAACCGUAUCCGGUGGAAACUAAAGUGCCUUAUCCGGUAGAAGUCAAAGUUAAGGAGCCUGUCGAAGUUAUAAGGCACGUCCCUGUAAAAGUUCCAGUGCCGCAGCCGUAUCCCGUAAAAGUGCCUGUAAGAGUAACCGUGGAAAAGAAGGUACCGUACCCAGUGGAGGUUGAAAAGAAGAUACCGGUGCCAGUUGAAGUUUACAUACCGCAAAAAGUAGAGGUCGAGAAGAAAAUACCCGUUUACGUACCUAAACCUUACCCGGUGGAGAAGAAGGUACCGGUGCCGGUCAAAGUGCCUUAUCCUGUAAAAGUUCCGGUUCAAGUGCCCAUCGAAGUGCCGAUUUACAUUCACCAUCCUUAUCAAAUCGAAAGUGCUGAUUAUAUAAGUAAUAUGCAGCAAUACGAUCCGCAGAACGUCGGUCAAUAUUUUUCUAACAUUGCCAGUCAAUUUUUUUCUAAUACUAACAAGGGGGAACAGCGGAUCUUUGGCACAAUUUCAGCCGAAGUAUCAACAAAUUCGCCUCAACACACGGUCACUGCUCACGGUAAUUCAGGAUUUGCAGGUUUUCACUCUCGAUCCGGCACUGAUACACUAACUACGACGGCAGCCACGACCAUAUAA